AUGAAAGAUAAUGAUAAGGUGCAUUAUCCACAUGUCGCGGACCUCCAAUAUACCAUAAUCCUGGGUUUCGGCUUGCUGGUUUUGCGGUUGUUAUUGGAAUCAUUUGUGUUUCUGCCAAUUGGUUGGCUGGGGGGAUGGAUUCGCGCACCGCUGCUACCUCAGAUAUGGUCACAUUUAACAGGUGGAUUUGCUGGAAAGAGUAAAUUCAAGCGGGUUGCUGAAUGUGGGUGGCGACUAUGCUUCUAUGUAUGUGCAUGGACAGCUGGCUUGCUUAUACUGCUCGGAGAACCGCAACUUAAAGAUGUAUCCGAAUGUUGGCGUGGAUGGCCUCAUCACAACGUUUCAACGGCAAUCUGGUGGUACUACAUCAUGGAGGCCUCUUUUUACUGGGCCCUUUUCAUAGGGACUUUAUGUUUCGAUAUUCGCCGAGCUGAUUUCCUUCAGAUGAUGGUUCACCACGCUAUUACUAUAUUGUUACUUUACCUAAGUUGGACGAUGAAUAUGGUCCGCGUAGGGACACUGGUACUAUUUGUACAUGAUGCGGCCGAUAUUUUCAUUGAGGUGGCAAAAAUCAUUCGUUACGCCCAUUGGGAUAUGGCUUUGAAUAUCAUUUUUGUCAUUUUCUUCGUCGUCUGGAUAGCAACCCGUCUGAUCUAUUACCCAUUCUGGAUUAUACGAUCAAUAUGGUUCGAUGCCCCGGAACUAAUCCAGGCUUCAUAUCGGUGGACGAAUAUAUGGCAAAGGCCACUGGUCCCUCGUAUACUCAUGGUGAUGCUGACCUCGCUUCUCGUGCUCCACAUCUUUUGGACAUACGUCAUUUUAAAAGUGGCAUAUAAAUCCAUCAGAGGAGGAGAAUUGGAUGAUGUUAGAGAGGAAAGCGAAUCUGAAGAAGAAUCUCCAACCAAGUCUAAAGACGAGUAA